AUGGAAUUAUUUUUUUUUACAACAGUUCUAAGGUAAAACUUAGAAAAUAAUAACAGGGGUCCAGAAUACGUUAUUAUUAAAAAAGAUAUUUAAAAUUAAUAAAAAAACCUAUGUACUUUGCAUUCUGAUGGAGUUUUUGCUACCUUAUAAAUUGGAGAUGGAAAUUAGGCUCAGUAAUUAGAAAACUCAGGGUUCCUUAAGUUCUUAGAUGAAAACUCAGAAUGUAAGAUUAAACUAAUUAUGGCUAUUGGCUCAACUGGAGUCGGUAAGUCUUUGAUUAUGAACUUUUUAAUAUAAGAAUACUAAAAUAAACAAGUUUGUACAGAGAUAUUUCCUAUAGGAACAUCAACUGAUAGCUAAACAAUAGGAAUUAAAUACUAUUUCUUUAAAAUUUAAAAAGAGUAAAAAUUUGAAAAAGAUGAAAUUGUUGUCUUUUUUGAUUGUGAAGGUUUUGAUUAUUCAAAUGAUAACAUUUAUCACCAGAAUAUGAGAAAGAUGAUUUGCUUAAUCUCAAAAUUAUCUACUUGUCUGUUGUAUGUACAUAAAACCAUUAGAUUAGAAAAAGGAUUUGAAAAUAUUUUAAAAUUAAUAAAUAUCGGUGAAGAAAAUUAUACUCAUAGUAAUUUUGUUGAAAUACUUAAUAAUUGGAAUGGUUAAGACGUUGAAGAUAUAAAAAAUAAAUAUUAAUUUAUACAGAAAGUUUAUAGAUUAGAAUAAUUUAAGUAUAAUUAAAAUAGAAUAAUAAAAGAUAAUGAGUUUAGAGAAUUUUAAUAAAAGAUAAAAAAUCUCAGCUAUUAUUGUAAACUAGCUAAGUAUACUACAACUUAAAAAACUUGCCAAAGCUUUAAAAGAAGUUAAACUUGCAAGAGCUUCAAAGAAAUUUUAAUAAGUUGCUUUUAAAUAAUUGAAGCGUAAAUGAACACUUGUAGCAUAGAAAUAUUCAUUGAGCUAAUUGACAAGUAAUUAUAACUCAAAUAAGAAUAUUCUGAAAUAAUGAAAUUUAUAAAAUAAGAUUUUUUAAGCGAUUAUUAAAAUCGCUUUAAAAAGAUUAAUGACCGUGUUGGUAAAAGCUACAUUUCUUAAACUAUUUAUGAGCUAUUCAAUAUUUCUUUUCAAAGCUAUUAAUAGGGGUAUGCUUAACAAAAAUUUGAAUAUUAUUAUUAAAAGUGGUAUAAAAGUUUUGAGGAGGCAUUUAAAGAGAUGCUUUAAAGAGGAACAAAACUAAAUGAUGAACAGUAAAAUAAAAUUAUAAAUUAAUACCUCACAUUAGAUUCUAUUAAACCUGAUGAAAUUCGAUAAUAUGAAAAAUAUGUAGAUAAAAUUAAAUUAGAAGGUGAAGUGGUUAGAAGCAAAUUAUUAUUUUCUAUAUUAUUUUUGGGUUCAUCUGCAGGAGCAUUAAUGACGGCUGAUUCUAUGGUGGCUGCUGGAAUAAUUAUGAUGAUAGGAGUUGGAACUUUAGCUUUAGUACUAAGUCUAUUUACUCUUAGUGGUAUUGUUGGAUUUGGAAUUUUUUCUUAUUUUAAUCAUAAAAAUAAAAUAUGUUCUCAUUCUCAAACUUUGACAGAAUUAUUAUAUAAGUCAAUAACAAAUGAUGAAAUUGUUAAGAAUUAAAUUUAAUAGAAUUUCAUUAAAAUGUAAUAACUUUUAAGAAAAUAGAUUUAAGGAUUUGAGAAAUAUACAUAGGAAUUAGAAGCAAAUGAUAAAGAUAUUAUUUGUUUUUUAAUGUUUAUAAAUUUAAUUUCGAAGCCCUUUGAUGAAAAUCAACUCAAAGAUUUACAAAGUUACCAAAGUAGUAGUUCUUACUUAAAAGACUAACAAAUUCUUUAAAUAGCUUUCAAACAAGCUAAGCAGCUGAAUCAAAACUAGCCUAUUGACCUUUAAAGAAUUUAUUCCUCAAAAAAAAUAAAUAUUGAAGACAAAGACAUAGGAAUAUGCAUGGGAUUAAAUUGCAUUGAAUUAAAAAACGAACUAAGGGAAAAAUACAAAAAUUAAUUUAGUGAUAUGCAAAAUGAUGAGCUUUAUAAAGCUUUAUUUGUGUUAAAAAAUAGAAAUUAAAAUUUGCUCGUAAGCUUUGUUAUUCACACAUAUUUUGAAGAGUACAUCUAGUCUUAUGAAUUUGCAAAACUAGUCAUGGAAAAAGAUUUAAUACAAAAAGCUUUAAAUCUUUAGAGCAAAAUAUUUUAAUGA